CGAGGUUGGGUCCUGAUUUGCUGGCAGUGCUUGCCUUGUGUGUGACAUGAUGUCAGAAAGAUCUUUCUUUGCUUUGCUUCAGGAGCUCUCCGCCGACAGCCCGACGGCAGACAGCAACAGCCCCGACCACAGAGGAGAUGCCAGCCAGCAGGAGCAACCGAGGCAGCAGCACGUGUAUAUGAGUGACAGACCGACAGAGGAGGGAUCUGCUGGGAGUGGGAGGCCUGGCGAUGAGUCGUACGGGAGCGGCCCUGGUGACCGCACAGGGAGUGCAUCGUCUGCCCUGGUGACCGAGCUGCGGCAAGAGAUGCAGCAGGAAAUGCAGCGCCAGAUGGAGGAGCGUACCGACUGCCAAAUCUGCCAGGAGAGGGAGAGGUCGGUGGUGCUGCAGCCGUGUGGCCACUUCUGCAUCUGCCAGCAAUGUGCGCAGAAUCUGCAGCCGCCCGAGUGCCCCCUGUGUCGGCAGGCCUUCACCGACUGGACCAACGCCAUAUUCUCGUGAUAACAGAUCGACCCACUGUGGGUGUGUGGAGGGGGGGUGCUGGUGCUGGGGCUGUGAGGCGUCGGAAUACGUGUGUCAGCGGCCGGCAGGAUAUCAUGGCAGAGAGACAGGAGGGGGAGGGAUGGGGCCAGUGAUGGAUUUAAGAGUUUUGUUGCUCUCGGUUCGUGUCCUGCAGAGGCGGCCUUUAUGGCUCUUUGACCCCUCACUGCUGUGUGUCCAUGUGAUUCAGAGGCAGCCUUGAUGGCUUUUAUUUGAGCACACAUUCAUCGCAUUGCAUCACACUGCAUGUAUGGAUGCCAUUGUAUCUUUUCUGUAUACCGAUCAGCUGUGUACGUGCAUGGUUGACGUAUCGAUGUGUACGAUGAUGGAUGGAUGGAUGGAUGCGUAUACGUCUCUCUCCCUCAGUGUCUGCAUUCAUCCACGUCAUGUGUGGCUGUUGCUCGAUGAGAGUCUGACUGCCUGCCUGUCUGUCUGUCUGCCGAGCCCCUCCCUCUCUAUCAGAUCUCUCUCUGUACAUACAUAAGAACGGGCGUCACUGACUUACGUUCCGUGAACAUCUAUCGGAGCAAUGUGACUGACUGACGUGAACAUCUA